GGCGGCGAUCGGUGCUGAAGUGGGGCGGAUGGCAGAAAAACAGCGGCGAUGGACAUUACACCGCAGGAUUCCCAUUUACGAUGUCGUUAAAUAAGCAUCGGGACGUCGCGUUUUCACACCCAUCACCCUAGGACGCUGACAGCCGGACGCAAAUGGGAUGCUGUACUUUCGCUGCUCCCUGCACUCUCGAGUCUAUAAAUGACCCUUUCACCGAGAUCUGAGGAAGCCUAGGAGGCGACGGCGAGUUAAAUCAGGACACGAGGAGAGGAAGUAGUUACAUUUCACCUCAGCUCCAGUGUCUUCAGGGAUGGUGAGACGAGUAACUUCUCUUCCCUGUGGUGAAAAGACCCUCCCCUCCAACGAGCCAGACAGCCGAUCCGUUAGCCAAUCAGACGCCCAGACCCUCACUGCUUCAACCAGCCUGCUAGCAUCCAGCAACCUGUUACCUCACGCCAUGACUGCGCUGUCUCACCUGUUUCCAGAAAAUCACUAAUUCAUGCCCCGCAGUGUGAGUGGAGUGGAGAUGAGAAAAAGGCAGGCGGCGCACAUCGAGGCCCCCCCCCCGGCCCCCGGACAGCCCCGACCCAACGCCUGCUGCCUCUGCUGGUGCGGCUGCUGCAAGUGUCUCUGGACCGAGGACAGGAUUGAGAGGAGUGAGCGAGAGACCUGCACCAAGAUGGAUAGUAUCGAGGCAGAAGAACAACAACCCACUCUAGACGAGGCGCUGUCGUGGGCUCGGAGCUUUGAGCUGAUGCUGCGCUCGCUGGGGGGCCGGGAGGUCUUCAGGGAGUUCCUGCGCUCGGAGUACAGCGAGGACAAUCUGCUGUUCUGGUUGGCCUGUGAAGAGCUGAGGAAGGAGACGGAUCCCUCAGUGGUGGAGGAGAAGUCCAGGAUCAUAUAUGAAGACUACGUGUCCAUAUUAUCACCCAAAGAGGUGAGUCUGGACUCGCGGGUCAGAGAAGGAAUCAAUCUGACCCUGGCAGAGCCCAGCAACCUGAUGUACGAGGAGGCCCAGUUCCAGAUCUACACCCUGAUGCACCGCGACUCCUUCCCCCGUUUCCUCAACUCCUCCGUUUACAGAGACCUCCUGGCCAACAAGAGGCGCACCUGCCUGGAGACCUAGACCCCCUCGACCCUCCCUCAUCGCCAUCGUACGCCAACGAGACUACUACUUAAAUUUCAAAUACUACUAUGGUGCCAGAAGUCGGGUUUGGAAAAAUCUCUCCCUCUUUUUUGAUUGAAAAGACUGAACGACAUCCAAGAUAGCUGGUUGUUUUUUUAUUUAUAUUUUUUAAGCAAUUUAUAUCCAGUUCUCCGCUGGAGCGAGGUCGGGCUUUGCUGGUUGGUUUUUGGUCAAUUUAAGGCCAUGAAUGCUGGCCAGUGAUUGUUUUGCUAGCGAUUUGUGCUGUUUGUUACUGGCCAACCCACUUGUCAGCUGUCGGUUGAAAUGGCCAACUUGACGGCCAGCUGCUGGUUAACUGUGGACAAGGACUCCUCAGGCGGUGGGGACAGAAAGAGAGAGAGAGACGAAAAGGACACGCCAACUGUUCCUGUACUGUAAUAUCUAGACCUCAUGCUUUCUAUCCUCACUUUAAUACUCUCUCUCUCAAACUCAUUCUGUCAUAUUGUUUUGUUUUUCUAUCUCUGUCACAUUCCUCCGAUGUGUAAAAAGUUUUAUUUCUUCACUGUCCAAACAUGACACUUAGUAGUUGGUGGGAGUCGGGGUGUCUCUGCCCGUUUAACCAAUUGAAGCACUGGCUCUGCAUGUAACUCUCUCUCUCUCUACAGUAGCUUGACGAUGUAAGCCGCGGACUGCAACUAUUUUUGAAUAUUGAGAUGUAUUUAGACAGGGGUCCUGUCUCGUUGUCUGGGUGUCUUUAUUCGGUGAAGGGAAAAAGUACACUUCUGCCAAUUUGAAGCAUACUGCAGUUUUUUUUAUUGAGCAGAUUUGAUGGCUUCUGCAGUAAAGGCAGCAGCACCUACCCGUCCAUCCCACUGUCCAUCCGUCCGUCCGUCCGUCCAAGCACUUUCCUUCUUUAGGAUUCUUUAACUGGGAGAAGUAAGGGCUAGAAUUGUGGUUGGGCAGCUACAUGUAUUAUUAUAACUCGUUAACUUUAGACAAAAAAUCUCUCCACCGAGAAAAUCACAAUGCCUUUACAUGUAAGAAAAGGCAGCACAGGCGCUGCUGGAGUUUUUCUGGAAAGCAACCACAGUUUGUCCAACGAUCCCUACCUCCCAUCUUUUUCCCUCCGACUCUGACCAUCACAGCCUGGCAAGGUGCCCAACGGGGGGGAAGAAACCACCGCUGGAGAGAAUUGAAACAGACCCACAUUGACUGCAGAUACAUCUUGACAUUUUUGCGCAGAUAAAUAGGGUUUACCUUUUAGUGUUUUAAUUAGGAAAAACUGGUUGGAGGACAUACGCAGAUGCAGCAGGCACUGAUCCAACUGAUAGGGUUUUGGAGCCCUGGCCUUUGACUGUAAGGCUUUACCUUUAGAUGCUGUAGGUUACAUGGCAGUCUCUGCAGUUUGUUGUCCAGUUUCACGCUGCAGAUACGUAACCCGGGUGCCAAACAUGAUUUUAAAGAUGCUGUGAUAUCAGAUGUGACGAGGUCACCAGGUUGAGACUCUCUGUAUUUCUGGUGCAUGUCGGUGUCUCCUGCAGAUUGAGCUGGGAGAAUGUAUGGUUGUCCUUCAGUUAGCUACCACCCAUUCAAGACACUCCUUUUUUCCAGAGCUAGUGAAGAGGGUUGGUAUAAUGCUAACAAGCUACCGUGCCGGGCUAGCGAAGACGUUUGCGUAGUCAUGCUACAUGCUAGCCUUCUCGAAAAAAAGGCUAACUAGGUGUUAGCAUGCUUUAGGCAAGCAGUCAGCAUGCUUGUGCUAGCCAAUGAUAACCCUCCAGCCAACUGCCAGCCCUCACACACUCUGGUUUGUUUUUCUAAUCUGACUUUCACAGCAUGCGAUGAUAAUGGCUAUGUGUGUGUAUGGUGUAGUUACACACUUAACAGGAAAAUGUAGGAAAAAAAAUAACUUUAAGAGGGUCUUGCCAAAUGUCCCAUUAACAUUUUUAGUAUAUAAAAGGACAUUUUGUUUUUUUAGAUGGUGUGAACAUUUGAACCUUGCUCCUGGCCUGUGGAUGUGCAGUAGAAAGUGCAUGAGUGCAGUAUAUGCUAUUUUGUUUAAUGAACCCGGCCUCCGAGUAUAUUCAUUGUGUUACAUGAUGGAUAGCUGACCUCUUGGUUAGGUGGUUAGUGCAGUCUUAAAGUGUCAAUUAAAACAGUGCCACUCCUCAUUGAUAAAUCUAGGCGUCCAUGUUGCCACCUCUUUUAACUACCUGAAGUCCAUGUGCCAAGUUUGGUCUAGAUCAAAUUAAAGAGUAGACGGUGCAGGAUGUCCACAGACUAAUGAAGUGCAAUUGUGUUAGAUACAUUUUGAAAGGUUUAUCUUAUAAAUGACUAACCAUGACACCUGUUAGGAUACUCAAAAUGUUUAAGGCCACUGUUGGAUUAUUCAAAAAUCUUGCCGUAUUCAAUUAACAUUUGCCAGUUUAACUAGAGGAUUUAAAUAAAAUAUUGUAAGAAAUAAUUUAUUUUAUCUUGCAGGUCCUCUGCUAGAAAAGAUUAUCCAUAGUUGAGUUUUCCUCAACCCUUAUUUACAUUUGCAGUGUUGAAAAUGCUAACUAGAUGAAUCUGCCAAGUCAAAUAAAAGUGACAAUAUAAGUGUUUUGUUGUCAAAUAUUGAUUUUAAAUCGGUAAAACUGACACUUUAAAGUCAAGAAGUCGAGUCUAAACUAAUAAUCACCAAACAUUUUUACAAUGUUCCUUAUUGAAACGAUGCUAUGGGCAAUACAUUACUACCUUGAUUGAUAUUGCUUGGCGGCUAUAAUGAAGAGCUCUGCAUGCUUACACCGACUUUAUCAGAUCCAUAAGAAUUCAGAGUAACUAGCCAAAUCUGAUACUGAGGGAUCAGUAAUCACACUUUAGACGUUGCAUUUGGACAACUCUAUCACUUUUUGACUGAAUAGAAGAAUGCCUGUAACUCAUAAAAAGCAGAAAAUGUCUUCUUCUGCACAGUACAGCUACGUCUCCUUGUUGCUGACUACACAGUAAUUUAACAUGAGAAUGUUUCACCAACAACCAGAUAAUGAAAUCGUGGUGCAAUUAAACCAAGUUUACAUUUAUAAAUAGUGAGAUGUGUGUACCUUAUUGAAUAACCGCGGCGAGCCAACUGUCCUCAGUGUGAGCAGAGAGCCAGUCUCUGCCUAGUGCUAACUCCAUUAGCACUUUACAGGGUUUACAGGGAGGACAGACGCAGCAGAGCCUCACGUCCUUUCCUCAUCAUUUAUUGUGACUUUUACACAGUGGGGAAAAGUACACGGUUGUUUAUUUUGAAUAACUGCAUUUCAAAUGUAGAUUUUACAAGCAAUGAUGAUGAUGUGAAGUGAUGUAGUGUCAUCGCUGACUUUAGAUUUGUGUCUUUGACUUUCCAUGGGUUUAAGUGAGUGGGAUUUUGAAACGUGGCUGUGGUUUUAUCGACUACAAAAAAAAAAGGUUGUGAGCUGAAGUGUCCUGAUUGGUUGGAGGAGGUUUGCGAAGCUUUGGCCUUACUGACACGUUUUAUUCUUUUUCCUUUGUAUAAAAAAAACAACAAGCGUCUCCGUAGGCUUUUCACUACCUCUCAUGUUGGUUAAUUUAUUUCACAUCUAGUUGUCAAUGUACAAGUUGUUUUUAGAUCUACUUGAAGCCUAACACUGUAAACAAAAAUGUGCACAGAAAAAUGACUAUGUAUAUGACCAGAGGGGUUAAAGAGAGCUUGGCCUAGUCGACAUUAUUUCUUUGUUUGUUUGUAUGUUUGUUUUUAAUUGUGUUGAGCUGAACUAGAUUUUGCAUCUCUAUAAAGAAUUCAGGAAUCCACUGUCUAAGGGCUAAUCCCAUUUUUGCCUAUGCAAAUCUGUUACUGUGGGUGAGUUGGGAAAGGGCGAGCUACCGCACCUUUCACCUGUUUGAUGGACCAUGGUUUACAAUGCCCUUUGCUGAUAUUCUUCAAUCUUAUUCAGCAAAAAUGUACGCUUUCUUUUGUUUCUAUAUAAAUAUUAUAUAUCUAUAUAUAUAGAUAUACUGUAUAUAUAACAAUUAAUAUACAGAGAAAAUAGUAUAUGCCUUCGUGAUGAUAAAAAAGAAACCUUGCUGAAAACAAAUAAAUGUGUUGUCUGACAUGUGGCUGUGUGCUGGAGUCUUGGUAAAAUGACGACUGACAGAAGAGUUUACUCACUAACUCUCUUGACUACAACAGGAUACAAAACCAGUGGCUGACCCUUUGCAGUAUUCCCUAACUGAGGGGAAACACGUUUAUUUAUCUAAGGAGAAACCACAUCAUGACGUUCUGUGACAAGUACUUUAUUCCAGCCCUGAGCCUGUGAGGUGAUAAGUUAGUCGGGUUGCCCAGAAUUAUGUCUUUUUCAUUUUUCAGUGUAACAUUUGGUCAAUUUUAAAGCAAGACUAUGUAUCUUUUGCUUAACUGAAGCUAUAGAUGCCACUGAUGACAGUAAAUGGGUGGAAGCCAAAACAUUGUGUCAGAAAUAGAGACAAGUCAUAAAGUCAGCAACUGACUGUAAUAUCAAUAAAAGGGUGAGAUCUAGGAAAAUAUUGCUAGCAUUAGCUAAGAUUAGCCGCUCGUGGCUACACUCAAUCUAAGUAAAGCUGCAACGCCAAAAUGUUUGAGCUGAUCAAAAUGAGAAAAUGUUGAGUUUACUGCUCAUUAAUUAAACUUUUCAUUAGGACUACAUACGCUUUUGUUAUUUUUGUUGAAAAGUUGCAUAGUCUCUCUUUGAACGGCUGAAUUUGAGCAUGGACACUGUCCAUAUUAAGUCACAUUCUUUAUCCAGUAAUCCGUUAAUAAAAAAGAAAAUCCAUGUUAUAUGAAAUGAUAAACAUUUGAUGGUAAUAAUCUUUUUGUUGUGCGUCAGUGGAGCCUGCACAGAUGUUAGUGUGAGUUAAUAAUUCAAAGUGUGCAGCACCAUGUCGUCAGCAAACAGCAGGAAGUUACUCUACAAUCCUUCAUCUUGUUAUUCUUUAUGUAGCCACAUCCAGUCAGACUAUCACUGUGCUAAUACAGUAGCAUUGAUUUAGGACACAUCAGCAGAAGUGGGCUUUCUGUUUUUUUAAUACUCCCCUAAUGCAAGGUGUAAGAAAAGUCAAUACUAUGUUACUUCUAAGACCGUUCACUUUAAGCUUCGAGUUGAGGGUUGAUUUAGGUCUGAUAAUUUAUUUUUUAACUCUUAUUUGUACAGAAGAUUUAGCUCCGUGGAAAUGACAAUAGGAGGGUUGAUGUAUAGAUUUUUCUCCUUAAGUACUCACAGUGCAUCAUGACUGAACAGAGACAGGUUUAUCGACUGAUGGUGGUUAGAAACGUGAUUUGGUGCCUCUUUACGCUUCACAACAGACCUCAAGAUCUCUUUCUGUCUCUCAAAUAAAAUAGCAGUUAAAGUGAGAUGGUCCUGUUUUACAGCAAAUAUAACACCAAUGUUUAUUCCUCCUACUGACACCCUCAUAUUGUCUCUUUUGUACCUCUUCGAGAGGUGUUUGUGCUACUUGAAGGAAGAGUUUAUAUUUGUGCAGGUACCUGGUUGAAGUUUCAACAGUUUUAGGCAAUCACUUUUCUCUUUAUUGAUUUAGAUGCCUAAACCUCCUGGUUUUUGUCAUGCCUUUGUAGAUAGAUCACAGUCGUUAAGAGAUGAUCCGCAGGUGAAAAUAAAAAGAAUUUUACUGUCACUUUACGCGAUAAAAUACAAGUGACAUUUUUCUAUUCAGCAUGCUUUUUGCUAAAUAAAUGAAAUAAUUCAGUUAUUUGCUAUAAACGAUACUGUAUGAGUAUGUAUUCAAGUACUGCAGUAUGCAGACAUUAAAAAUAUCAGAAACUCUCUUGAGAGGUUCAUAUUUUCCUUCUAGUAUGUUUCACUAAUAUUGACGGUUAUGGGUUCCUAAUUCUUGUUCGAGUGUCUCGUGAAUUGCCAGAAUGACUAAAUGACCCCCUCUGUAUUAACAAAUAUACACUAUGGUUGGUUAUUUCCACAUGCAUGACUCACAGAGUAAUUUUACCUGGACAGUUAAAGUGCAGCCAGCUUCACUUUUACUAUUGUCCACUGGAAGCUUAAAAAAUGUGAUGAUGACUGAGUUUAUUUCACAUGAAGGAAGAUGUUUUCCUUGUGCACUAAUGGUCAACAAAAUGCAGAGUUAAUGUAUCAUCUUGCCACACAACGCAAAUGUGACCUCAAGGCUUCAGAUGUAAAAUGUUUAGGUGAAAAAAAAUGAUGCUGGAGCUUCGAACAGCAGCCAGUAAGCUGAAGAGUUUAACAGAUGUUGCCAAGGAUAUGAUGGGUUUUCAUCAUUUUGAGUUUUUUCAAAAGUAAAUCAAUCCUUGAACAGAAGUCGCUGUCUGGAACGCCCCGAUAUGCAGGAAUCUCUUCACUGUAGCAAAGAAAAUACAUUCCUGUGUUAUUAGUCCAACCUCGAUUGAACACCAUCUUCUGUUGUAGAGUCUAACAGGAUUGAACAGAUUUAACACAACUGAGCAUUUGGGAAUUUGUACAUUGUGAGAAACAUUUAAUCAUGUUGGUGUUGGCAAUCCUCUGCAUGAAUAGAAAGCCUUUAUUGUCAUUGUACAAAAAUAUACAAGGAGAUUUUGGAGUGCAACCCUGUCACCAGUUCAAUACAUAAAUAUGCCUUUUUUUAUUAUUAUUAUUAUUAUUUUGGCUGGUUAGCAUUUCCAAAAGUUGCAAAAUUGUAAAACACCCUUUUUUUGAUGAUUACCUUUUUCCUGACAUGAGAGUGCCGUUUAACUCAAAUAAGCAAAAAUAAUGUAAAAUCCUUUUAAAAUAAAUUGUUGAGCUACGUAAAGUCAAAAGGAAAAAGGAUGAAAUUGCCCUGACAAACUUAUCAAUGCAACUCUCCCAGGAUACGUAUUAGGAAAUAAAAUGUGCCAAAUUUAUAAUCUAACUUUUGUUAUAAUGCAAAAGGGUCAAAGGUAUUGUUGGAAUAUGAAAUCAUAUAUUCUGUUGCAAAUGUUCCUUAAGAAUCACAUUCUGUUAUCUGUCUUUUCACGUUGCUGUCGUGGGUUUUUGUGUCAUUUCUCUGAAUCAUCCACAUGUAAUCUACUUCAUGGACAUGUAACUAACAUACCUUUACAAGACUCUGUAAACAGCAUUUUGACAAAUCUGGAUUACAAGCAACCGAUCCAACUGAAAUUGUAAUUGUCACAAAAAACCUGUGAACUAUUUAAAAAAUGUUUUGUAUUCUUAUAAAUUAUUUUAACAGCAGGUUUAUUUCAGUCAUGUUUUCUUUCAGUUCACAGAAAGUGUUGUUUAUUCACCUUUAUCUUCACACGAGUCACAUGACCAGCGUGUUCAGUUGUGGUUCAUUUUGAGGUUCAGUCUCUGUCUUUCUUUACAUGAUGACAUCUUGUAUUAAGAGAAAACUCCAAUCUAUGGUAACUGCCCUUGAAUAUCUGUAAUUUAAAUAGUGCUGCUAGAGAAAGAAAUCUAAAUGUAACAACUUACAAUAAAUACUUAAUAGAUUUUUG